UUAGGCAGAUGAUCAGCCCCAUUUUCACCCAGCUGUGUGUUUCGGGCCUCCUGGGCCAGACAAGUCUGGGACAGUGUGAGUCUUGCCUCCAUCAGCAGCCAGUGGGGAAAGAAGCUCUGUCUGAGUCUAGGCUGGUUUUUUGGUUUUGUUUUUUGGUCCCUAGGGUGCUCUACCCAUGAGCUACAUACAUCCCCAGCCCUUUUUAUUUUGAGACAAAGUCUCAGUUGCACAGGCUGACCCACAAAUUGGAAUCUUCCUGCCAUACCUCCCUAAUAGCUGAGAUUGCAUGCAUAAAUUCCUGCACAUGCAUAUAUACACUGUAAAUUCCUGGUUAGGGUUGGGUACAAAGAGCAGGGUUCCAGAAGCAAACUCAGAAGGUUCCCUGGGGUCAACAUGAUAAAUGGGAUCAAGAGGGUCCUAGCUCCUUCUCUGCAGCCUCAGACAUCCCCCCCCAGGCCUGCAGCCCUUGUCACCAGGCUGUGCAUCUCCCAUGUGUGAAGGGCCCAAAGGGCAGUGUCCACCUACCACCCAGCAGCCUGUCAUCACUUGAGGUUGAAUAUGUCAGCCUUGGCAUUGUUUGUGCCUCAGAGAAACCCAUAAGCUUUCCCGAAGGAUGGGGCAAAAAAAGCGAAUGGCAGAGAAAGAGUUGCAGCAGAGCCCACUGGACACAGCCCAGUCGCCUUCCCCAAAGGAGCCCCACUUGAGACAAGCCUCUUCCCUGGGCCCCCAGCGCAGCAUCUAUUUCUCCAGCCCAAAGGGCCACCCUGCCCGGCUAGGAACAGAGUUUUUUGACCAGCCAGCCAUCCCUCUGGCCCGCGCCUUUCUGGGACAGGUCCUUGUCCGGCGACUUGCUGAUGGCACAGAGCUCCGUGGCCGCAUUGUGGAGACCGAGGCAUACUUGGGACCAGAGGAUGAAGCUGCCCACUCAAGGGGUGGCCGGCAGACCACCCGCAACCGCGGCAUGUUCAUGAAACCCGGGACCCUGUAUGUGUACAUUAUCUAUGGGAUGUACUUCUGCAUGAAUGUCUCCAGCCAAGGGGAUGGCGCUUGUGUCCUACUGCGAGCACUUGAGCCCCUUGGGGGUCUGGAAACUAUGCGCCAGCUUCGCAACAACCUCCGGAAAGGCACGCUUAGCCGGACCCUCAAGGACCGUGAGCUUUGUAACGGUCCCUCUAAGCUGUGCCAGGCCUUGGCUAUUGACAAGAGCUUUGAUCAGCGGGACCUGGCCCAGGACGAGGCCAUGUGGCUAGAGUAUGGUCUGCUGGGCCCCAGUAGACCAGCCGUGGUGGCAGCAGCCCGUGUGGGCAUUGGCAACGCAGGGGAGUGGACCCAAAAGCCCCUGCGCUUCUACUUCCAGGGCAGCCCAUGGGUGAGUGUGGUGGACAAAGCAGCUGAGCAGAAGAACACACAGACCUGAGCAAAGAGCCCACUCAGGCUUUUUUUAAUUGUUUAAAAACUAAAUAAAUGUUUUGCUUCUAGGGAA